CACAAACUCUUGUUCAGAUGAUGCGACGGACGUCGGAGCAAGCGAUGUCGCUGAGGUUUGUGGGACUCCUGGUCCUGUCCUCCCUUUGCUCCGUCGUGGCGGGUCAAGGCAAUGACACUGACGAUGAUGGCAACUCCUUGGGUUCACCAAAAAAUUUCAACAGGAUGUUAAAUGGCAGCACGCCCAUAAACGACCCCAGGCUUCAGUUGUCUGACACGGAUAUGUGUAACAUGCUUCUAUGGAACCUCACCCCACUGCCCACCAGCCAGAUUCCAUUUCAGUGCAUCUGUUCACACUGUAAAGGCACCAUCGGGCCUAAAGGAGACCGUGGAGACCGCGGUCUUCCAGGAAUGUCUGGGAGUCCGGGGAGUGACGGACUGAGGGGCUUCAGAGGUCCACGAGGAUUCUCUGGACUUCAAGGGAUCAAGGGUCAGAAGGGCGACAUUGGGGAGAAAGGAGAGACCGGCUGGAGUGGUGUCAUGGGGUACAAGGGCGCGCGAGGGUUCAAAGGAGAGAAAGGGGACUUUGGACUGAUGGGACCUCCAGGUACACCAGGCCUUCAGGGAGAAACCGGCUCAUGCCCUGACACCUGUGACAGUGCCCCGGGUCCGCCAGGUCCACAAGGACCCCCCGGAUCAGCUGGAGCCCGGGGCUUGCCUGGGUUAGCUGGAGAUAUUGGACCAAAGGGUUUUAAGGGGGAUAAAGGUGACCUGGGUGAUCCUGGCCAUCCUGGGCUUGAUGGCCCAAAGGGUGACAUGGGUGAGCAGGGACUGUGCGAGUGCAGUGAUGGGAUAAAUGGAAAAGACGGAGGUCCAGGGCCAAAGGGGGAUAAGGGGGCAAAAGGUGACAUUGGUAUUCAAGGUGUACGGGGCUCCACAGGGACAAAAGGCGACGAGGGUCAAAUGGGUCUCAUGGGUCCAAUUGGACCCUGCAGCCCUGCCAUCCAAUCGGCUUUCUCUGCAAGUACCAACGACUCAUUUCCUAUCCCCAACUGGCCCAUUCCAUUCACACAUGUCCACAUCAAUCAGCAGCUUCACUUCAACCCAAACAUGGGGCUGUACACAGCCCCCGUCGACGGCAUCUACGUCUUUUCCUACCACCUGGCCGUGGUCGGGACACUCAAGGUCGGCCUGUUCCACAACUUCAACUUCGUUGUGACAACCACGGAAGAGACCAGCCAUUCCACAGCCAGCCAAUCCGUCAUCCUCCACCUCAAGGCAGGAGACUGGGUUUGGCUGCAGGUGAAGAAUAGUAACACCAAUGGCCUUUACGCCGACAGCGAGAGCAGCAGCACCUUCUCUGGCUACCUGCUGUACCCGGACUCCUGCAUGCCUUUGUUGGGCCGAGAUUCUACAUCACCACUUGAGCCGAACCGACCCUUUACUUGGGGUGAUACUAACACGACCACCACCCCUUCACCAUAGUCGGCAUCAGUCAGUCGUAGUUUUGGGUGAAGUUUCCACAUGCAUCCAAUCUAAUCCAACAUUCUGUGUAUUUAUAACGGCAAGAUUUAAAGGAGGGGUUUGCUAAAGACGCAAAAUUGCCCGUUUUUGAAACAGACAAUUUUGGUUAGACUAGUUAGAAGUCGUGCGUAGUAACAUGUCAACUGUUGUUAUCUGGUUAAAUAGUUCCAGAGUAAAUCACAGCUCACCUGUGUGAGCAAGUUCUGCAUGUGAAACUACAGAAUCUCAGGCUCGCUGGUUCCAACGUUGAGUUUGAUCAUUCAGGACAUGGUUGUCUGCUGCUAAAUGUUUGUCGUAAUAGUUCAAUAACGUUUUGACUAAUAGCAGUUAGCUGAGUUAGCAACAGCUGUGAAGAGGUAGCUGAGAUUUUUUAGAAGUGUGGAGCUACCUGGGCUGGGCACCCCCUGCUGCUGAGAACCAGCUUGAAACACAGAGGCUCACUCUCAGUAAAAACAAAAUGGUUGAGACGCGAGAUUUUAUCCACUUCACAAAAGACUUGUGUAAUAACAUUUACGUCGGUUUAAGUCUGCGAUGUCUACGUUCACAUGUUCGCGUCUUUAUCUCACUGAGACAGGAAACUGAAGUGUGUUAACCACUCACUAUUAUAUUUUAGCUGGCGGGGACACAGGAGCUGCUGGUCCUCUGCUGCCUUGUGUGGUCUGAACAAAGGAUUUUCAAAGCCAAACUCACUAAAAUCAGACAUUCGUGUGCUGUGAUGUUAAAAUCAUUGAUUUUCUCUAUGGACUUUGUGGGAGAGUGAGUGGUUUACAAACCUCAAUUUCCUGUUGGAAAAGUCUAACAGUGAGAUAAAGACGUGAUCAUGUGACGUAGAUAUUGUAGAUUUUCGUUCACACUCAUAGACAAGACAAACGUGUCUUGUGCUUUUUCUCAGCAGCAGGGGGCGCUCACAGCCCACAGUGUCAACACUCUUUCUAAAAAAAACACCAGAAAUGUGUUUUUAAAUUGAGCAAGGAAAUGACCUGUGGUCAAAACCUGAACUAUAUUGAUGAACAGCAUAUUUCCACUCUCUAUGAACCACAAAUGCAGAUAAAGUAAGAACGGACGAUGCGUUUCUCUGUGUCAGUCCUGACUGAUCAAAAUCAACAUGGAAAAAACAGAGAGCUUCACAAAUCUGCUAAAAUCCUUGAUUUUGAACAGUUUGACAAAUGCAGAUGUUUCUUUACAAAAGUAGUAAAAAGCCAAACCUGAUGAAGGGCCUUGAUUCCUCUGCUGUUCCUGCUUCAGAGUCUAAUAUAACCUUUUAUUUUUUCAUUUUUUAAAUAAUGA